ACAUUACACGUUUUCGAUUCAAUUUAAUCAGCAAUAUACUCUAAAUCUAAUUGAAUUAUAGGAAUGUCGAAUGUUGAGCUUGAAGAAGGAGAAAUUCCAGAGGAAAGAACUCCGCCAGAAUCCGCGGCUUUAGGUGCCCAAAUAUCUAGCAGCAAUGAUAAACCAAAUGCAUCUACAACAAACAAAAAAAGAAAUCGUGGCAAACGGAAUAAGAAAAAAUCUACUAGUGUACCUGAAAUUCCUAAAAACCUGAACAGAAAAACUCCGAAAACUGUCAAAAAGAAGCUAAAUUUGUCGAAUAAAUCAAUAUAUGUUUAUCUUAGAAAUUCCAAAGCUACAAAUCCUCGUGUAAAAUGUAAAGUCUCCAAAGUAAAAUCUCUUACACGUAUUUCCAUCAAGGAUGAAUGUAUCGAUCCGUCUAUAGAUGUUUGCGAGGAUGAGGUUUUUGUAUUUUUGUUAUGUCGGUAG